CUCUCAGUUUUUGCUCAUUUCACUUUUGAUGAUCAGUUCGAGAUCUCCAAGUGUCCUUUGUCCACAGCAAUUCUCAGCUUCAACCAUGUUUUGGGGAACUCUCCUCCUGCUCUGGUUGGCUGUUCCUGUCCUCCUGGCUCUGGAAUCAUGUCCUGCUGCACCCGGUAUCCCAGGAAUACCAGGUUUGCCAGGUAAAGACGGACGAGAUGGUCUCAAAGGACAAAAAGGAGAUCCAGGUUUAGCAAGCAGCGAGCUGAGGGCCCAGAGAGGAAAGGAGGGCGAGCCAGGACCUGAAGGAGCUAUGGGAAAACGAGGAGAGAGCGGGCUGCCUGGAAAACCAGGACCACUGGGAUUCCCAGGGGAAGAUGGAGAGCCAGGAGAACCGGGGGUGGGUGGGGUUCCCCAGAGAGUGGCCUUUAGCGUGGCUCGAAUGACCAAUGACAAUCCACCCAGAGCCAGCAUCAUCAAAUUCACUAAGAUCAUCACCAACUUAAACAACAACUACGACACCCAGACAGGACGCUUCAGAUGCAGCGUCCCUGGCACAUAUUACUUUGUGUACCACGCCUCACUGGACAGUAGUCUCUGUGUGAAAAUGAAACUCGAUGAUACUCUUCUGGCUUCAUUUUGUGACCACCGACGCAAACAAAAACAGGUGACUUCUGGAGGCGUGGCGGUGUAUGUGUCCAGAGACCAGGAGGUUUAUCUGGAGACGUCAGACUACAGAGGCAUGAGAGCUAACCCCUCCGCAUACAGCAUCUUCUCCGGAUUCAUUCUGCAGGCCCACUGAACCCUCUGGGUCAACAGCACAGAAUACCUUACCUUUACCAGAACAGACAAAUAAAAAUAUUACCAUAUCUGUGUAAUGGAUUGCAUUCAUGUGACAUCACAACACUCUACAAUCCCUAUAGUGUAACACUGCGCUGGAGGACAGGUCAGAAUGUCUGUUUAAACUGCACAUAACAGGUUAGACUACUCAUUUCGCUAAUAUAAAAUUAGACUAAUACAAAUAAAUGCACCUUUAUUUUGUUAAAUCAGUGUUUUAUCAGCCCCAAAAAUGUCUCUCUCCUGCAUUUUGAAUGGAAUCUUGUGUUGAUGACAUAGUUCAGGGGUGUCCAAACUGUGGCCCAGGGGCCUCAGUCCAAUUUUUAUUGGCCCUCAGGCCUUCUGCUGAACUGAUCCAAUUGAACAUAGGCCAUAAUUAUUACAGCAAGUGUAACAAAUCCCACCCUCAUAACCUCCAUAACACCACUUCUCAGUUUGAUACAGAUCUAAAAUGUAUGUUUCAAGCCUUAUUAAAGAUAUCUUUGCUCUGUAAAAAACAUGGGAAAUAUCUGAAUGCCCUCCACUUUGAAUACGUUUCAAGAUUUGGCCCUUGGUGAAAAAAAAAGUUUGGACACCCCUAGGUUAUGUUUUAGAACUCAGCACUACUUCAUGAUUUUUGUUUACUUUUCUUUUCCAUUUUCUUUUUCUU